CCGCCUCCUCAUUCAUCCUCCUGCACCAUAGGCGGCACAGGCACCAAGAUGUCCAACCGAAUGGUCUGCCGGGAAGCCAGCCACGCCGGGAGCUGGUACACCGCCUCAGGACCUCAGUUGAACGCCCAGCUAGAAGGUUGGCUUUCCCAAGUACAGUCUACGAAAAGACCUGCUAGAGCCAUCAUUGCACCCCAUGCAGGAUACACGUACUGUGGGUCUUGUGCUGCCCAUGCUUACAAACAAGUGGAUCCAUCUAUUACCCGGAGAAUUUUCAUCCUCGGGCCUUCCCAUCAUGUGCCCCUGUCUCGGUGUGCGCUCUCCAGUGUGGACAUAUAUAGGACUCCUCUGUAUGACCUGCCUAUUGACCAGAAGAUUUACAGAGAGCUGUGGAAGACAGGAAUGUUUGAAUGCAUGUCUCUGCAGACAGAUGAAGAUGAACACAGUAUUGAAAUGCAUUUGCCUUAUACAGCUAAAGCCAUGGAAAGCCAUAAAGAUGAGUUUACCAUUGUUCCUGUACUGGUUGGAUCUCUGAGUGAGUCAAAAGAACAGGAAUUCGGAAAACUCUUCAGUAAAUAUCUAGCGGAUCCUAGUAAUCUCUUUGUGGUUUCUUCCGAUUUCUGCCACUGGGGUCAAAGGUUCCGUUACAGUUACUAUGAUGAAUCCCAGGGGGAGAUUUAUAGAUCCAUUGAGCAUCUAGAUAAAAUGGGAAUGAGUAUUAUAGAACAAUUAGAUCCUGUAUCUUUUAGCAAUUAUUUGAAGAAAUAUCAUAAUACUAUAUGUGGAAGGCAUCCCAUCGGGGUGUUAUUAAAUGCUAUCACAGAGCUUCAGAAGAGCGGAGUGAACAUGAGCUUUUCCUUUUUGAAUUAUGCCCAGUCAAGCCAGUGUAGAAGCUGGCAAGACAGUUCAGUCAGUUACGCAGCUGGAGCCCUCACGGUCCACUGAAGCUCCGAUCCUCAGGGACGCCACCCGCACAGACUCAUACUCUGUCCAGGGUCCAGUCUAGCCUUUACCAAGAUCUUGGUUCUGGUGUGGGGGGUUCUGAACCCUCAGACUAAUAGAACUCUCUUCUUCUUUUCUAGUAGGUGUAGUCCUCCUUAAUUUCAUCUCAUUUGAAAAAUGCUUUAUAGUGU